CGCCUGUGGGUGAUGCAGUGAAAGAGAAACUGAAAGUUUCUUUAACCUUCAACACCGUCAGAAACGGAUAAAAGGUUCUAAGAUAUCAGCGCUCUGGAUUCACUCGGGAUGAUGUUACUUUUUGUGAUCCUACUGAGUUUCUCUGGUUUUAUGGAGACCACAUCAGAGAACUUUAAGGUGUUUGGUCCAGCUGCUCCUCUUGUUGUUAAAGCUGGUGAAGCUCUGGUUCUGCCCUGUUCUCUCCAACCCAACAUCAGCGCUGAGGACAUGACGGUGGAGUGGGUCCGGACAGAUCUGAGUGAAAGUAGCUCAGUAGUGCAUCUGUAUAAAGAUCACAAAGACACAAAUGACAAGCAGAUGAAGUCUUACAGAGGAAGAACAGCUCUGUUUAAAGAGGAACUGCAGAAAGGAAACACCUCACUGAAGAUCUCAGCAGUCCAGCCUUCCGAUCAGGGCGCUUAUCAGUGUUUAAUUGAGUAUGGAUCCUGGUAUGGCGAAAUUACAGUUCAUGUUGAAGUCAAAGAACUUCUAAAGGUUGUUGGCCCAGUUGAGCCUCUUGUUGCUGAAGCUGGUGAAGAUCUGGUUCUGCCCUGUUCUCUCCAACCCAACAUCAGCGCUGAGAAUAUGAUGGUGGAGUGGAUCCGACUGCAGCUGCCAGACACACUAGUGCAUCUGUAUGAAGAUUUUGAAGACAGAAAUGAAAAGCAGACAGAGUCUUAUAGAGGAAGAACAAGACUGUUUAAGAAUGAAUUAAAAAAAGGAAACGCUUCACUGAAACUCUCAGCAGUCCAGCCUUCUGAUGAGGGAGUUUACCAGUGUUACGUUGAGUACAGGAGCUGGUUUGAUGAUGUCACUGUUUAUGUCCAAGUUAAAGGAAAAGGAUUUCAUGCUUGGAAGAUUGCCAUCAUCUGGAUUUCAGUUUCUGUCAUUGUAUUACUUGCCUUUACCGCUUGCAUCGUAAAAGAUAAAUAUUCCAAAAAGAAGCUCUCUCAUAAACAAUGCUCCAUCAUAGCCUACAUGCAUCUCCAGUCGGAGAAUGUGCGGAAAGAAUUGAACCUGAAGAAAUUCAACACAUCGGAAGAGGGAUACAGGAGACUCAUCCCAGCUGUCACAAAAUGCAGAAAGGCUCUAUUUGCUGAGUGUAAUCUCACUGCAAAGUCAAUGAAAACACUGAGUGCAGCUUUGCAAACUGAAAACUCUUCACUGAAAGAGCUGGAUCUCAGCAACAAUGACCUGCAGGACUCAGGAGUGGAGCUACUCUCUGCUGGUCUGACAAGUUCACACUGUAAACUGGAGAUAUUAAGACUUGCGAUGUGUAAUCUUAGUAAACAGUCCGGCAACACUCUGCAGUCAGUUUUACAAACAGAAACCUCCUUCCUGAAAAAGCUGGACCUCAGUAACAAUGACCUGCAGGAUGCAGGAGUGGAGAAGCUUUUUGAUGGUCUGAAAGGUUUAAACUGUAAGCUGCAGAUACUCAGACUUGCUAUGUGUAAACUCAGUAAACAAUCCUGUGACACUCUGCGGUCCAUUCUACAAUCAGAAACAUCCCUGAAAGAACUGGAGCUCAGUAACAAUGACCUUCUGGACUCAGGAGUGGACCUACUCUGUAUUGGACUGAAUACUUCGCAUUGUAAUCUGCAAAUACUCAGACUUGCUGUUUGUAAACUCAGUACACAGUCUUGUGGCACUCUUCAAUCAGUUCUAAAGUCAGAAACCUCCUCCCUGAAAGAGUUGGACCUCAGUAACAAUGAUCUGCAGGAUUCAGGAAUGGAGCUGCUCACUGCUGCGCUGAGGAGUUCACACUGCAAAUUAGAGAGACUGAGGCUAGAUGGCUGUCAUUUUGGGGUAAAGUCUUGUGAACAUCUUGGAUCAGUUUUAAAACGGGAAAACUCUUCCCUUAAAGAGCUGGAUGUCAGUAAUAAUGAGCUGCAGGAUUCAGGAGUGGAGCUACUCUCUGCUGGACUGAAGAGUUCACAAUGUAAACUGGAGAUUCUCAGAUUAUCUUUUUGUAUGGUAACAGCUAAAGGCUGUUCUUCUCUGGCAUCAGCUCUGAGUUCAAACCCCUCAUACCUAAAAGAUCUAGAUCUCACAUACAACUACCCAGGAGAGUCAGGAGUGAAGCUGCUCUCUGCUAGUAUAGAAGAUCCACACUGCACACUGAAUACACUGAGAGUGGAUCAUGGAGGGGAGAUCAGAAUCCAACCAGGACUGAAGAAAUAUUCCUGUGAGUUCACUCUGGAUCCAAACACAGCGCACAGCCGUCUCUCUCUGUCUGACGGGAACAGGAAGGUGACAAACGUGGAAUCUUCACAGUCGUAUCCUGAUCACCCAGAUAGAUUUGAUGUGUGGUGGCAGGUUCUGUGUACAGAGAGCGUGACUGGACGCUGUUACUGGGAGGCCGAGUGGAGUGGGAGAGGAGCUGCUAUAGCCCUGACGUAUAAAUCAAUCUGCAGAAAAGGAGACAGUUACCACUGUUUGCUUGGACGAAAUGAAAAGUCCUGGGUCCUGAACUGCUGUGAUAACAAUUAUUCUGCCCGUCACAAUAAUAAAAGCACUGAUAUACCUGCUCCGCCCUCCAGCUGUAACAGAGUAGGAGUGUUUGUGGACUAUCCAGUCGGCACUCUGUCCUUCUACAGCAUCUCCGCUGAUACACACACACUUCAACACCUACACACAUUCAACACCAAGUUCACUGAACCGCUCUGCGCUGGGUUUACUCUAUAUCAUGGCUCCUCUUUAUGUCUGUGUGAGAUACACACAUAGAGGAGGUUGGUGUAUGUGUAAAAUGGAAUAACAGGGAACGCUUUUACAGAGUAGGAUGUGGAAAACACCGGUUUUUGUGUGUUUUUUUUCUUCUUCUCACGCUCUCCACAGGUUCCUACAUUACCUAUCAAUCAAAUGUCAAAGAGCUGUUUUGUGACCUCAGUAUCUAGUUCCAUAAGUGUUAUCAAAUUAUAUCAUACAGACAGUGAAAUGAGGGUCAUCUGCCUCUCAAAAGAGCUGUAUAUCAGCAAGUUCCCAGCUACAUCUAGCAACACUUUAUCUAUUGAUGAUCAAGUAUGUGUGAUAAGGCAUCCAUAUAUAUCUUACAGACUCCCUAGUCAUAUUCAAUGGUCAACAGUGCCAAGUCUUAACUAUAUCAUAUUUGUUGACAUUCAAAAGCUCAUCUUUUAUGUGCCGUUUACAUGUUAUUUUUCACCCAAGUAAAGUAAAACACAGUUAACCUGCAGUGCCGUUGUGAUGCAUAGGCCGUCUGUUGAUUGUUCUCAUUAAUGGACAGUGGGUGGUGCUGUGCUUUCCUACUGGUCCUGCUGCCGCCUUGUUGUAAAAUAAACCAGUGCUGAAGACGUUGGG